GGAGGGAAGCCCCGCCCGCGGCCGGACCUGCUUUGCGGGCGGACCGCUCCGGGCCGCGGCGGAACGCUUUGGGCGAGGGACGCGCGGCCGGAAGCGGCAGAGCAGUGCACUUCCGGCGCCCUCCCGCCUCGCCGCCCCAUGGCCGCGUCCGUGGAUUUCAAAACCUAUGUGGAUCAAGCUUGUAGAGCUGCAGAUGAGUUUGUCAACAUUUACUAUGAGACAAUGGACAAAAGAAGAAGGGCUUUAACCAGACUGUAUUUGGACAAAGCAACAUUAGUUUGGAAUGGUAAUGCAGUGUCUGGGCAAGAGGAACUAAAUAAGUUUUUUGAAAUGUUGCCAUCAAGUGAAUUCCAGGUUAAUGUGUUGGACUGCCAGCCUGUUCACGAGCAAGCCACUCAAGGCCAGACAACAGUCCUCGUGGUGACAAGUGGGACUGUCAAAUUUGAUGGGGAUAAGCAGCGCUACUUCAAUCAGAACUUCCUGCUGACAGCACAGGCCACCCCCACCAACACCGUGUGGAAGAUCGCCGGGGACUGCUUCCGCUUCCAGGACUGGGCCAGUUAGCAGGGCCUGCCUGCAGCCACGGGCUCACCUCUCACUGGGCUCCCACGGCUUUGGCUCCCCUGUGCAGGCGGCCGUUCCCCCGCAGCGCGCGCUUUGUGUGGCAGCCGAUGUUACGGACGGGCAGCGGAUGGUUGGGGGUUCACUGCAGUGACCACAGCUUUAGUAGUAAAACGUGAGAGGUUGCUCGUGUUAGUUGAGUUUAGUGAAGUGCUGAAGGCAGUGAGCUGUAUUCGAAUCAUUCCUAAAAUGCCUUACAUGCAGCUAUGCUGCCACUGCUGAGUGCUCAAACUGUUCUGUUGGAACACAAAAUCCUGUUCAUGUACAAUUCUGACCAAACGUGAUUUUUUUUUGACUUGAAAAGAUCUGUUUUUACAGUAGCAUCUUGUCUCUUUUGAGGAAGAUGCUUGUGGCAUGAAGAUGUCAUUUUGCAAGCUCCCUACUCCUGGUUGUGAGAGGCUGGGAAGGAUUGCUAUUGUUUCUACUGUUAAUGAAAGGAGCCAGUACAGCUCCUAAGUUUGUAAUUAAUCUCUCAGUCCAUUGGAAAGGUAAUGUUUACCUUCUCUGAUGUCAAAGGACUAUUUAUCUUUUGAUUUCCUUUUGAUCUGAGCUUCCCAGACUUUGGUUGUUAAUUCCAUGGAUUCAUAUGUAGGGCAUGCUGAAUGAUUCGGAGCUCCCGUGCCAAUAACUCCUCACAUGCAUGUGAAGGACUUCAAACUGAUUCUUUUGUUCUUUAUAUCAUGACCUAGAAACAGGUCACAUACAUGAUUUCUGUUGGCUUUAAUUCUGUAUUCUGUUGCUAUGAGGUUUGGAUUAUUUUUCCCGUAUUAAACCUGCAAGUUUUGAAUCCUUUCUGUCUUUUCAGGAAACGUGGUAGUUAAAAAGUGACACUGAAAGUGUGCAUAACUGUGAAGCCUUCAGUUUCUCUCAUCAGUACUGUUACUCAGAAUAGGUGCUUGCAUUAUUUUCAGUUGAGAACAGCAGCUCUGCACCACUAACACUAUCUUCCUCUCAUGCAGAUUUUUACUGUAUUUUUUGUGUUCUUUUUAAACAUUGCCUUUAAUUAUUGAUUCUAGAGGGUUGUGUGUCUUGUUUUAAAUGUGUAGUUUAAAGCUUCCAGCUGCUUUGAAACACUUUUUAAGAUUGUACAUUAAGAGAGUCCACCUUAACUUUGGAACUUAAGAGCAAAUCUGAGUAUCAGCAGCUUUGUUUAAACUGGUGCAUUUCUGUUUCAAGCUGAGUAAAACAAAAACCAAACCCAAAAUGCUGUAGCUGUAUCCCUGAGCAGACACUUGCAGUUAUUUGCCUGUAACUGAAAAUACAGAGAGGGGCUUGUAACUCUCACCUUACCCCACGUUUCAGUGACAGGAGAAGUCUGACAGCAGUUACAGCUGCAGCUCACUUGGUCAGUGACUGAAAUGGAGCAAACUCUGGAAAUGAGCAAUAUCUCACUUGUGUAAAACAUCAUAAAGCAGCUGUAGUUUGCGAUGUAGUCCCACAAAACUAUGGGAUGUUUAGCUGAGUGUCUUUAUUUCCUUUUCAGGCCCUCUAGUCUUUACAGCAGUAAGUUAGAAUUAGUAACCUGUCUCUGUUCAGAGGCUGUUUAUGGUCAGAACUGUUGUGUACCUGUUUUCCAGGCUGAAGAAUUUGAAUUCCUGCAGAACAGUGCAAGAACAGAAUUUUUGAAAUCUGUAAAUAUUGUAAAUACAUUGUUAUUUCUGUAUGUAGUGAAGAAAGGAUCAUUCUAUUUAAUUACUGUUUGUUCUUAAGAGAAUAUGUGAUGUUCAUAUAUUUGUAUUUCCUCUACAAGAUUGAAAAGAUGACAUAACCCAAGCAUGCCUGUACCUGGUACAGCACUGUUGAGCUGUGACACUGGCGUGGUGUAUUCUGCUGGCUGUUUUUGCUGUUGGUUGUGUCAGUGGUGUUACAGAUCUGCUUUGCAUACACAAAACAGGUUUUGCCUUUUAAAUGCAGCAAUGGGUGCAGCUGUGGCAUUGGCGUGUUGGACUUUGAAGGCAGUCACCAGAACACACACUUAUAUCAGUACCUGAUAAGCUUGUGCUGUGAAUAAGUACUUAUUGGAUAUUUUUAUCCAAGUUUGAAUUUGUAUAAUAGUUUUUUAGCUUUUUCUAGGCAGACUGGGAGAUUCAAAAUACAUGAGGCAAUGUUUCAAUCAAGCAGAUGUUAUUCUCAAUUAUUUUCAUGCUGUUUAAAUGCAAGCUGCUUUUAAAUCUAACUUUUGCAAUUAAUAUUAAAAAAACUGACCAAACAAAAAAAAA